UCUCUGGUUCUCUUCCUCUUCGGUCCUCACAGGCCAUAAUAAAAUUAACUCAAUCACAGAACUCAACGGCGCCACUUCUGUCUCCUUCAAAAAUCUCACGAGCAAUCCAGUUUGAUCUCUGGAACAUACGCAAAAAAUGCUAGAUCCAGCUAGUGAAUUGUUGCCGGCACCGUCUUCGCCCACCAUCUCCUCCGUUUCCUCCUCCGAUCUCGACACUGAGUCCACGGGGUCGUUCUUUCACGAUAGGAGCACUACUUUGGGUACUUUGAUGGGAGUGAGCUUUCCAGCCAUUACUUUCAGAGCCACAUCUCAGCAUCGAGACCCUCAUUCCGCCACCGCUGGAUCCGUCCCCUCGUUAGGAGGCUCGAGGAGAGGCGUCAAGCCUAAUAAGAAAAAUAGGAGAGCAAAGGCGGUGGACGCGGCGGCGGUCGUGGCAGAAAGGCGAAGGAGAUGGUGGAGCCUGUGCAGGGACGGCGACGCGAGGCCGGCAGCUUCGCUCGGUGACUUCCUUGAGGUGGAACGGAGGUUCGGCGACGGCGCGUUUUACGGCACAGCCGCUGAGCUCGAAGGAAUGGUCAUGGGUCAGCAGAGGAAUGGUGGACGAAUGUUAUUCGCGAACGGUCGAGUUCUCCCGCCGGCCACCGACGUUGACGACGGAGCUUCGACGGCGGGGAGUCUGUGCAAUAGAUUUCCGGUUUCACUCACCGGGAUCUGUAGCGGCGGUGCAUAAUAGAUAGGAUAUAUUUCUGAAUUUUGAAUUUUCAACAAUAAAAAACCAAAAGAAAAGGAAAAAGAAAAAGAAAAUUGGGACUGUCUUGACUCUUGAGUCUUGACUCUUGAGGGUUGUUUGGUUGAUGAUUAGUUAGUAAUCUGAUUAUUUUCAGUGUUCACCUUGUGGCUUUGGUUUACAGGCAAAAGGCAAGGUGAUGCCUUUUAGGCUUUUUCACUUUUUUCCUUUUCCUUUUAUGAUGCGGAGUGGUCCAUAUAAUCAAUCUACAAAAUGGGUGAUUGACGGUAA